AAAAUAAACAUUUGAAGCUCUCUCUCUCUCUCUCUCUGUAUCUCUCUCCCCAAAGCUCUCCUUUUGCUACAACCACCGUUGCAGGAGUGGUCACUCCCUUCUCUCUCUCUCUAUCUUUUUCUAUUUCCUUCAAAUCAAAUUGUAGGAAUGAAACUCUCCCUGUAAGUAAGACAUGUUCUUAAUAACCACUACUUGACUACUUGCAUUGCACUUCUUUUAAGCAAUCAUUAUCAUCAAAUUCACAAUCUUUUAUCUGUUUAGAAAAAUUGGUAUUAUAUAUUCUUCUUUAAUCUGUCUUUUGUUCUAUUUUAGAAACUUGAUUGGAUUCAGUUGUGUUCUUAAGAGUUUAUUUGAUUUCUAAAAGAACAGGAAUAACCUAUUGGUUAAUUAUGGUUUCAUUUCAAGCAACUGCAUCAGCGUGAGAAUGCGAAAAGAGUGAAUCAGAUAGAGUCGGCUAGAGGGAGUAGGAAGGUGAAAUUGGUGGGUAAGUAUUCUAUGAAAAUGGAAAAGUAUAAGAAGGUUGUGAGUGCUGUUUUGACUCCUAAAGUUGGGUAUGGUUUGGCCGAUGAGCUGAAACGGGCAGGGUUUUGGGUUCAAACUGUGUUGGAUAGGCCGCAAGCUGCAGAUAUUGCGUUGCAAAAGCAUAUGGUGGAUAUGAUGGAUCAUAGGCGGGUUGAGUGUGUGGUUCUUGUAUCCGAUGAUUCUGAUUUUGUUGAUGUAAUAAAGGAGGCAAAACUACGGUGUCUCAAGACUAUUGUUAUUGGGGAUACUAGUAGUGACAGAGUCUUGAAAAGGACUGCUGAUACUGCCUUUUCUUGGGAGGAAAUUUUGACGGGGAAGGCUAAGAAGGAGGAUGUAUCCGUUGUGGAAAAUUGGAAAUAUCGUGAUAUGUUGAAAAGGUUGGAGUGGACGUACAAUCCUGAUGUGGAUACAAAGAAACUCAAUCUGGAUGAUGCGGUUGCUGAAACAUCUGGAGAUGAUGAUGUUGAAGAUAUCUUCGGCGAUGUUGAUGAUGACUACAAGGAUGACAGAGGUGCUUGGUGGGAAUUAGACUCCGAUGAUAACGAUGUUAGAACUGGAUAAUCGCAGAAAACAAUCCAUGUUAUUUGUGAAGCUCACUCGACCUUCUACUUCACCCAAAUUUGUGUGUGCAGAAAUGGCAUGUCCGGUCCUCAAAUUUUGGAGCAAUUUUGCAGAUUCAAGCACCUAUACAGUGAGAAGGUUACAAAUGCAAACCUUGUACGAAUUGAAAACCACAAGAUGCAGCAAAAAAGCCAUUCAUAGUGGGGACUAAGUAUAUCACAGUAACUUGGAUACCGCGUCGGUGGGCAGAAAACAUGAAAAUGAUGCGGAACAACCAAGCAUAUUGUCAUACAGUACAUUCAUUUGAUGGCAACAUUGAAUCAAUGUCAACCUGCUGCAGGUCUUGCUAGUUCUAUUGCAUGUCUGGUGUGCUGUGUUCCAUAUCAACAUUUCAGUCGUUUGACAAUGAUUUUACAAUUUAACUUGUUUGUAUAGACACUGGUCCCAGUUCGAACGAAAACCUUUGUUAAACAGAUGAUUGUUGGAAGCAAUUCUAUAUUGUUUCUAUGUUCAAGUAGUUGAAA